GGCCCCACCGUGCCGGACGGAGCUGUCCCCGCGUGGGAACGCGGACCCGGGGCCCGGCGCUGACUCAAAGCGGACGAGAGUUCGGAGUUGUGGUGACUCAUCCUGCCCACGGCGGCUACGUGGCUCUUCCCCCCACUUUUAAAAAAGGUGUAGCUGAGUAAGAUGGACGGUAGCUUUGAGUGUGACUGUGGUGAGCUAGAGCCACCUGAUCACUGACAGAGGCCACCUGCUGCUACCAACAGCCGGGGCUUCCUGUCAAGACAGCGGCCCAGGGAGGACGGAGCCGCCCAACAACGCUGCUGGGCCGGCGGCUGACCCUGCUCGGGACCAGCCCAACACUGAAUGUACCUGCGCUGUGAGGAGAUGCCUCGCCGCCAGUCGUGUGCACAUUUAUCCGCACCUCUGUUACUCGUUCAGGCACUGAGCAAGGAGAGCUGAACGCAGAGUAUGUCGUGCAUUCCGUUUGAGUCUCUUGAGUGUUCCCUUUAAAUGUCUGCAGUUGCUGCCCCUUUCGUGGACUAUGAUGACUGCAGUCUCCUUCAGUCCACGACAUGAGUAGGGCUUUGUGAGCGUCCUGUCUGCGGGGACUCGGCGGGCCUGGUGGGCACAGGCGAUGGAUGUCGGGAAACAUCGUGCCGGGCGGCGUGAUCCUUUCUCGCCUUCCCUUUGAGUGCACCUUCCUUUUGGUGCCAGUUUUCACCCUUGUUUACAGAAGUUUACUAGUUGGAAAGGAAAAAGCAAGAGUGAGGGUUUCACGAUGGCAGAGAAAUUCGAAAGUCUCAUGAACAUUCAUGGUUUUGAUCUGGGCUCUCGAUAUAUGGACUUAAAACCAUUGGGCUGUGGAGGCAACGGCUUGGUUUUUUCUGCUGUAGACAAUGACUGUGACAAAAGAGUGGCCAUCAAGAAAAUUGUCCUCACCGAUCCCCAGAGUGUCAAGCACGCGCUCCGGGAAAUCAAAAUCAUCCGACGGCUGGACCACGACAACAUUGUGAAGGUGUUCGAGAUCCUGGGCCCCAGCGGCCGCCGGCUGGCUGACGACGUGGGCGCCCUGGCGGAGCUGAGCAGUGUGUACAUAGUGCAGGAGUACAUGGAGACGGACCUGGCCACCGUGCUGGAGCAGGGGCCCCUGCUGGAGGAGCACGCGCGGCUGUUCAUGUACCAGCUGCUGCGUGGCCUCAAGUACAUCCACUCAGCCAACGUGCUGCACAGGGACCUCAAGCCGGCCAACCUCUUCAUCAACACGGAGGACCUGGUGCUGAGGGUCGGGGACUUCGGGCUCGCCCGCAUCAUGGACCCACACUACUCCCACAAGGGUCACCUUUCUGAAGGACUGGUCACUAAAUGGUACAGAUCUCCACGUCUCUUGCUGUCCCCUAAUAACUACACGAAAGCCAUUGACAUGUGGGCUGCAGGCUGCAUCUUUGCAGAAAUGCUGACUGGGAAAACCCUCUUUGCAGGUGCACACGAGCUGGAGCAGAUGCAGCUGAUCCUGGAGUCCAUCCCUGUGGUACACGAGGAGGACCGGCAGGAGCUGCUGAGCGUCAUCCCCGUCUGCAUCAGGAGCGACAUGACUGAGCCUCACCGGCCCCUGGCGCAGCUGCUGCCUGGGAUCGGCCGAGAAGCGCUGGACUUCCUGGAGCAGAUCCUGACCUUCAGCCCCAUGGACCGGCUGACAGCAGAGGAGGCCCUGUCCCACCCCUACAUGAGCAUGUACGCCUUCCCCACUGAUGAGCCUGUCUCUAGCCACCCGUUCCACAUCGAGGACGAAGUCGACGACAUUCUGCUCAUGGACGAGACACACAGCCACAUUUACAACUGGGAGAGGUACCAUGACUGUCAGUUUUCGGAGCAUGAUUGGCCUAUACACAACAACUUCGACAUUGAUGAGGUGCAGCUCGACCCCAGGGCCCUGUCUGACGUCACUGACGAGGAGGAAGGACAGGUGGACCCUCGGAAGUACUUGGACGGAGACCGAGAGAAGUACCUGGAAGACCCUGCCUUUGAUGCCAGUUACUCUGCCGAGCCUUGCCGGCAGUCCCCAGACCACCAUGAGAACAAGUACUGUGAGCUGGAGUGCGGUCACACCUGCAACUACAAGGCACGGUCGGCGUCGUUCCUAGACAGCUUGGUUUGGAGGGAGAGCGAGGUGAACCAUUACUAUGAGCCCAAACUCAUCAUGGAUCUUUCCAACUGGAAGGAGCAGAGCAGAGAGAAGCCCGACAAGAAGGGCAAGUCCAAGUGCGAGAGGAACGGGUUAGUGAAGGCCCAGAUCGCGCUUGAGGAGGCGUCCCAGCAGCUGGCCGGGAAGGAGCGGGAGAAGAGUCAGGGCUUUGACUUCGAUUCCUUUAUCGCGGGAACUAUUCAGCUCAGUUCACAGCACGAGCCCGCCGACGUUGUGGACAAACUGAACGGCCUGAAUAGUUCCGUGACCCAGCUAGAGCUGAAGGGCCUGCUGUCCAAGUCGGUGAGCCGGGAGAAGCAGGAGAAGGGCAUGGCCAACCUGGCCCAGCUGGGGGCGCUGUACCAGUCGUCCUGGGACAGCCAGCUUGGGGGUGGCGGGGAGGAGCGGUUCCUCAUUGACCAGUUCUGCUGCGAGGUCAGGAAGGACGAGCAGGCGGAGAAGGAGCACUCCCACACCAGCUACUUGGACAGGCUCUUCAGCAGGAGGGAGGAGGCCGAGCUGCUGGAAGUGGAGCCGGGCGAGGCCGGGCCUCUGGGGCACAGGGGCGGCGGGGAGGGCUUUCUGAACCACAGUGGGGAGCUGCUGCUGAACCGGCAGCUCGAGUGCAUGGGCCUCCCGCCGCUGCACAGCCCCGCAGGGUCCCCCCGCAAGUCCGUGCCGGCCGUGAGGGCGUCCCCGCACGUGCCCCCACGGACCUACAGCAGCAUCCUGAGACAUCUGAACUAAACAUCAGCAGACGUCUGUGUCCUUCAUGAAAUGCGUCUUGUCUUUUUUAUUCCUAGUGUUUAAAGUCAUUUUUUUUUUACUUGAAUCGGAUGAUGUCCUUUAGUAAGGAUUUUAUCAGUUCUCGGUUUUUAAAAAUCCACACUUUUUUUCUACAUGUGAGAUCGUUUUCAUUUUACCUGGCAUGUCGUUUGCACACAAAAAAGAAUCGAGCAAAUAAUGCAAUGCAGGACGAGAAGAAAGAAAUGCACUAAGACCAGUAAACACGUUCUCUCCUAGAGCAGUGAUGUUUUACAGGAAUCAAACUCUUGCCUUGACAUUUACACAGUGAGACUACAGAACUGCAUGGAAAUAUCUAUUUUUUUCCUAGAACAUUUUUCAUUCAUUAGUAUUUUCAAGUUUUUCAUACUGUACACAUUUCUUAAAACACAUGAUACCAGCAGCAACUGAAAAUGAAUGCCGGAAUUGGUACACAUGUGUUAUCUACCUCAAGGUAACUGACGUCUGUGCGGGACCUCCCGACCCGCAGCGCUGCACAGGCGACUCGUGCUCAGCCAGCGCCCACGGUAGGACUGUGUGUCCCCAGACCAUUGUCGUCCGUCCGUCCUGGUGUUCAUUCUUAGAGUGAAGUGUUGAUACAUCACAUCUUAUUUAUUUUCGCAAAGCAGUAUAUUUUCUGUAUUUAAUGAUAAAAGUUAACUUAGUUUUAAAAAAUUUAUUUGCAACUACACUUUCUGCAUUCGGCACUAUGGUGGUCGCCUUCCUAGCUGAAGUCCCGUCAGCUCUUCACGUACUGAAGUGUUCGUUUGGAAUAUGGUACUCACUGUGUAUAGGAAUUUGUACUUUGGAGGUGCUUGAUCUAUCUACAAAGAAAAAUUAGGAAUUACUUUAUUAUAAAUGCUCCUACAAGUCUUUAUUGUGUUUAUUUUUUAAAAAAGCUGUACCGUUAGACUCGUGUGCAUGGAAGUAACUGAGGUGCAUCAUAUUGUAGUUUAACAGUGUACAUGGUAAGACACUUUCUGUUCUCACUGUGUAUUUUUGCCGAAUGAUCUGCUCCUGUCCCAGGCAAGCAUGAAUAGUUAGGUUCAGCAUAGCAUGUGGCAUCACAGUCUCUUAGUAUAAUUGUUUCAUCUGUUUUACUUUCCUGAAUACUGUCUGUACCCUUGGCUAAAAUAAAACCUGCCCAGCA